UCGUACUGUGGCGGCCAGUGAAUGCGGUCUACACUACAUGAGGUCUAUGCCCCCUUAGAACACGGCGCAUCUCGUGCGCACUUAAACAAACGAAUAUUAUUAAUCUAAGAACAAAGAUUGUGCUUUGAAAACGUGAUAAGUGAAAAUGAAAUGAGUGUUUGUAUCAAAGUGACUCUGUGAGUUAAAAGUGGAUUCUCAAGUUAUCUUAGUGUAUGCAGUCUUCGUUAAAAGAUCAUGAUGCGGUUACUGCUGGUACUCUUCAUGCCGUUUGUGACCGGGCAGCAGCCGUGGGUGCCGUGCUCGGAACUGAACGAUGACCUUCGGUAUCCAUGCCGGUGUAAGGUGCAAGUGGAUAGGGCACUUCAACUGAGGAUCCUCAUGAACUGCGAUCACGUGGUCUUCCCUGGAGACUACCCAGCGUUGCCUUAUGGUGCGCCGAUCAUAUCAUUUAGUCAGCAAUCAGCAGGAAUACAAUCGCUUCCUACACAGAUCUUCUCCAGCUAUGGACUACCAUUAAAAGAAUUAGAUUUCUCUCACAACAGUCUGCGUCGGUUACCAGAUCGUCUUCUAGCGGGAGUGAGAGGCAACCUUACAAAGCUGGUGCUGGCUCACAACUUGCUUGGCGACAUCUUGAAUCCGAUAUUCUCAACGGCAGAGCUACAUAACCUUCCUGCGCUAGAGGAGCUCGAUAUUACCGGGAAUAAUAUCCGUGGUCUGGAGGAGGGACUGCUCAUUGGAUGCAACGUUUUAAAGACGUUUCGUCUCGACCGCAACAACAUGGUGUCAAUUCCGUCGGUGUCCCUCAACGGACCGCUUUCAUUAAAAGUUCUCUCGCUCAGGGAAAACAGAAUAGCUACCCUGCGUCAAGCAUCAUUUAUUUCCCAGAAGACUCUAGAAGAAAUAAACCUAUACGGCAACAUGAUAUCAAAUAUCGAAGGAGGAGCAUUCAUCAGCUUGAACGAACUGCGAUCUCUCGAGCUGGGUCGUAACAGACUCUCAAAGCUCAACAGUGAUGUGUUUCAAGGUAUCGAGAACCUGGAAAAGCUGGAUCUAUCAGAGAAUUUCAUAAAUGAUUUCCCAACCGUCGCUCUGAAAUCAUUUACGAGUUUGAAGCACUUGAACCUGUCGAGUAAUAUGAUUACGAUGCUGGAUAGCAGUCAUCUCAACUCCUUGGCGUCUCUCCAAGUACUUGACUUAAGUCGAAACAAUCUAGUGAAGCUAUCACCGGGCACCUUUGUUGGCUUAAGUGACUUGACUUAUUUGGAUAUCGGAGUCAACUCUCUGAGAACAUUGGAAGACGAUACAUUCGACGGGCUUGUCAAUCUACAAACACUGUUAUUACGUGACAAUAAUAUCCUGCUUAUCCCGGGCACAGCGCUCUCUCGCCUACCUGCCCUUACAUCUGUUCACCUCGGCUUUAACCGAGUGACUGCCUUAUCUAGCGACAUCCUACGAGCGGUGUCAGACCGGAUCAAUUCUUUGGUUCUCUCAAGAAACGUAAUCAGAGAAUUGCCGCCGGCUGCGUUCGAUCACUUCAAAAACCUACAGCACUUAGACCUCUCCGGUAAUCUCCUCAAUUCGAUUUCAUCCGAAGUAUUCACUGGAUUGGAAACGACUCUUGAAUUUUUAUCGCUGAGCCAAAAUAGGAUUUUAGGCUUCACAGGUCAACAAUUGAAGUUUGUUAGUUUGUGGUUCUUCGAUAUAUCCGGGAAUCAAAUAUCGGAAAUUCCAGUCAAUGCUUUCGAAUCUAUACCAAGUUUAUCGCAUCUCAAUAUUAGUCACAAUUUACACAUGAGUGUACUCCCUCAGAACAUUUUUAGCCAUAAUGAUGCUCUUUUAGUCGUAGACAUAAGUGAUGUGGGGCUGAAAGCUCUCCCAGUGAAUUUAUUUUCGAAAAAUCGCAAUUUGGAACGAAUUUAUCUGUCUCACAAUAAUUUACAAGAAAUUUCAGAAGGCUCAUUCAAAAAUCUUAAAAACUUAACGCAUUUAGAUUUAUCGUACAAUAAUAUCGUAACGAUAAGGACUCCAGCUUUCGUAAAUGUUAUGUCGAUUCAAUAUUUAUCUCUAAGAGGUAACCAGUUAAACGCAUUUAAAGGAGAAUUCUUUAACACAGGAACAAGUUUAGAAGUAAUAGAUGUUUCUAAUAACCAGCUGAGUUAUUUAUUCCCUUCGUCAUUCAAAAUACACCCUAGGUUACGAGAAAUAAUAUUGACUAAUAACAAAUUCAAUUUCUUCCCUUCUGAACUUAUAAGUACUUUACAAUAUUUAGAAUUGGUAGACUUAUCAGGCAACGUCUUGAAAAAUGUAGAUGAAUUGGAUUUUGCUAGACUUCCAAAGUUGAGAACCAUUUUACUAGCAAGGAAUGAACUUGAAACUGUCAGUGAAAUGGCUUUUCAUAAUUCAAGUCAAAUACAGAAUAUAGAUUUAUCGUUCAACAGAAUAGAUCGUUUGGGUGAUCGUGUGUUUGAAGGAAUUAUCAGGCUAGAGAUAUUAAAUUUGGCUGGUAAUCUUUUAUCUGAAUUACCUGAGAACAUAUUUGAAAGAUCUCGACUUCGAAUGUUAGAAACAAUAGUAUUGAGACAAAAUUUGUUUGAACAGGCCCCACUAAAAGCUUUACAAAAGCAAUAUUUCUUCGUUUCGUGUGUAGAUUUGUCAUAUAAUAAUAUUACUGAUAUACCGGCUGAAGACAGCGUUAUGGUAAAUAUAAAAAAGUUGGACCUUUCAUUCAAUCCAUUGACAGAAAAAGCUGUGAUUAGUGUUUUGACUGAACCCAAAACAGUAAGAGACCUAAAUCUUGCUGGUACAGGCAUGAGAUUCAUCGGUCAACUCGAGACCCCAUUCUUACAUAGGCUUAAUGUGUCGCAUAAUAAUAUUACAAAAUUAUCCGAGAAAACAUUCAUCCGAACUACUCUAUUGGAGUCCUUGGACUUAUCUUACAACCAAAUUUCUGAUAUUUCAAACUCUCUAGCGAUUUCAUGGCCUAAACUAAAGAAUUUACAAAGACUAAAUAUUUCCGAUAACCCCAUCACAGUUAUCCUCGAGGGAAAUUUCGACGGCUUAUCCUCCUUGCGUGUACUAGAUAUACGAAACUUAGAAAAAUGUACCAAAAUUGAGAAGAACGCGUUUAGUACUUUAUCUAAUCUAGUAGAAUUACGGGCAUACGGUUACCCUAGACUGGGAUAUUUUGAUGUCCAAGGAGCGUUACAAUUUUUGUUGGCCCUUGAAAAAUUGGAUGUAGAAUUUAAGGAUACUACUAUUGGUGCAGACCAACUGCAUUCUACAUUACAUCCUCGACUUGAAGAACUAGGUAUACGGGGGUCACGAAUUAAGACUGUGUCAUCUGGCGUUCUUGCAGGAUUAAAAUCCCCAGCAAUAACAGUUAAAUUUCGUAACACAUCAGUAACAAAUCUACCACCGGCUUUGCUAUUUCCAUUACCAAGGUCAUCAAUAAUUACAAUAGACAUUGGUGGAAGUCAGCUAACAACAAUACAACCGCAAUUAUUAGUAGCCCUCGAUGACCGCAGAGCUGAUUUAUCAAUGUUCGGUUUGGAAAGCAACCCUAUACGAUGUGAUUGUAAUUCAAGAGCUCUUAGAAGAUGGCUACCUUCUGUUGGUAUUGAGAAUGUCCGAUGCCAUUCACCUGAAUACCUUUCUGGAUUCCUUCUGCUUGAAAUAGGUGAUGACGAGCUCACAUGCGAUACAAAGAGAAGACCAACAGCUACGUCUAUGUCAAGCAGCAGCAUUUCAACCCCGAUUCCUCCUCGAAUAGUUCAUCGCACUUCAGCUGAACCAGAUAUAAUUUGGUCUGUUGCGCCCUCACAUGAACGUCCAAAAGUAACUGGAGAGCCUAAAGGUGCACCUGUUCUUGGAGUAGCCGUAUCAAACAAUGAUGAUAAUUUAAUAAUAGGUAUCGUAGGUGGUGUUGUUGCAUUUAUUGCCAUUCUGAUAGUUGCUAUAUGUAUAGUUAGGUUACGUAUGACGAGUACAUCUUACAGAGGUGCACCGUUAGCAAAUAGUCCAGGCGCACCGUUAUGGGGCCCUGCAUGGCCCGGGUAUGGUGGUACUCUACCACCACCUUCGUUAUCAACGGCGACACUGCCACAUAAGAUACAAUCAGCGCCCGGAUCCGUGCGAUAUCUAGCACCACCACAACCAGCGCCAUACUUUAUAAGUUUGCCACCACACGAAGACAAAAUAUAUCGAUAGAAUGUUAUAUAAUAUAAGGUAAUAAUAACUUAAGGGACUUUCAGUGUAGCUUGUAAAUAUUUUUUUAGUAUAAAUAUACAUUUAUAUUAUGAUGUAGUUGAGUUAAUUUAAAAAGCAUGUGAAUAACUGCCAGUUUUUCAAGUCUGCAACUAGUGCUAGUAGUUAGACCGUAACAGUGUUUUAUGAGUAUUUUCUAACUAAAGACCAUUUUGUUGAUCAAUUUUGAAAAUCUUUCUUCGGUUACUUCGACUAUUUGUUAGAUAAGGUGUUUUACAUAAAUUCAAAAAAUAUGUAUAAAUAUAUCCUUGAUUUCAUUAUGAUUUUGAUAAAUAAAUAAUUAAAAUCAUUGUAUUUUCUCAGUAUAAAAAACCAUUGAUUCGUCUUAUAUGUUCAUUAUAGCUAUGACAUUAGUGAAGCACAUUUUUCUAUGAAGCAUAUUAUCCCGAGCUACAAAAGAUAAAAUUUAUUAUGUUGAUGUAACGUAAGUCAAUCAAAAAUAUAUAACGCCUUUUAAUACCUUCGCCUAAUAACAAUAAUCUUCACAAUUAUAUCCAAUGGACAUGUAUAAAAUAUUUAUUAAAUGUUGCCCUUAUAUUUAUAAGUCUUUAUUUUAGUAAUAAAAUUAUUAAACAUUAA